ACAAUAUCCUUUUUUCUCUUCUCGAGAUAUAUAGUAUAGAAAAACUGAGAUAUUAUUCUCGUUUUGAUAAAUAAAAAAAAACAAUUCCUAUGUCGGAAGCUUUUCCAAGAGCUACAAAUAAACCAGUUUAAGCAUAUUCCCUUUUAUUGCCCCAUUCCUUUUUUCUCUUCAUUUUUUUUCUGAUUAUUUUUCAUUUUCAAGAAUCAUACUGCUACUAUUCUCAGUAGCUUGAAGUGUUUUUUUUCUAGUUUUUGUUUUAAAUACUAAAAAACCUUCACAAAUUUCAUGCACUACUGUUUUAAAUGGAGUUUUAGAGUUAAAAUCAUUCCAAAAAUUACAGAACUAGCACUCAUUAUUAUUACUACUUACCAUAUUAUCUUAAAUCCUUUUCCAUUUCUUCUAUCUUGUUUCCAUUUUUCUUUACAAAAUGCAAAUAUUUCACUCAUAUGAUGCCUUUUUAGUUUUUUUGUAAGAGAUUAGCUCUGUUUUUCAUUGUUUUCUCGCUAGAUUUAUUUACUUCUUCUAAAUUUUUUUCACUUGAAAUGAAAAAAAUGAGAUUGGGCAGUGUUUUCUCAGUAAAGAACUUACUAGUUCUGUCUCUUGCAAUGAAUGUGAGUUUGAUUUUAAGGUCCGUGUUUGAAACUGAAGAAGAUUGGUUUAUUAGGUUCUCUCUAGCCAAUAAAAGACAGCCACCGGCUACACAUUCAACUGAUGAUCUAUCUGUGUCCUCCUCUUCUUCUCCGGCCGACGGUGAUAGAAACAGAGUCAUUAAUCUUGAUCAUGGCGAUCCGACCAUGUAUGAAAGAUUCUGGCAACAAAUGGGAGAUAAGGCGACGAUCGUCAUCCCUGGCUGGCAAUCAGUGAGUUAUUUUUCUGAUACAGGAAACAUUUGCUGGUUUUUGGAGCCUGAAUUUGCCAGACAAAUUGUUAGGGUGCACAAAAUGGUGGGCAAUGCAGUGACCGAGGAUCGAUAUAUUGUAGUGGGGACAGGGUCUACUCAGCUAUAUCAGGCUGUGUUAUAUGCACUUGCUUCCCAAGAUGCACAUGAGCCCAUCAGUGUUGUAACUGCUGCCCCAUACUACUCUUCCUAUCCUGCCAUAACAGAUUGCCUCAAGUCCGGUCUUUACAAGUGGGCAGGCGAUGCCCGAAGCUUCGAAAAAAAGGGACAAUACAUAGAGCUAGUGACGUCCCCUAAUAACCCUGACGGAUUUGUGAGGCAGUCUGUCGUAAACAGAAGCGAGGGGAUAUUGGUGCACGAUCUCGCCUACUAUUGGCCACAAUACACUCCGAUAUCUUCGCCUUCUGAUCAUGACAUUAUGCUGUUUACUGUCUCUAAGAGCACUGGACAUGCCGGAAUGCGCAUAGGUUGGGCUCUUGUCAAAGAUAGAGAAGUGGCUAAAAAGAUGAUAAAGUACAUUGAGCUUAACAGCAUAGGUGUAUCCAAAGACUCGCAGCUUCGGGCAGCUAGAGUUUUGAAAGUUGUUGCCGAUAGCUACGAGUCUCCCAGCGACAGUUCCGAUACUCUUUUUGGGUUUGCCUAUCACAUUAUGGCGGAGAGAUGGCAACUUCUAAGGGCAGCGGUGCAGCAUAGUGGCAUUUUCAGCUUGCCCAAAUUCUCUCCCGGAUUCUGCAAUUACCUCAAAAGAGCCUUCGAGCCUCAACCUGCAUUUGCAUGGUUAAAAUGCGAAGAAUCAAUCGAGGAUUGUGAAAAGUUCCUCCGGUCUAAUGGAAUCUUGACGAGAAGCGGAAAACACUUCGGAGUUGGCCCGCAGUAUGUUAGAAUUAGUUUGUUAGAUCGGGACGAUACUUUUGAAUUAUUCAUAGAUAGAUUGUCCAAUAUUGUUAUUGACAAUGUGAACAGAUGAAGGAGAGAGGUGGCUAGCGGCAACUGCUGUAUAGAAAUCAUAUAUUUUUUAUAUUGGUCAUUUUGGUAACAAA